AUGGAUCUCUCCGUUCUUCGAUUGGCUCUACAUGAGGGCUAUGCAAGUCCCGAACGCUUAAACGAAGUGCCGAAAGAGGUGCAGCGCCAUCCAGCGUCUCUGGAUAAGAUCCUGGAAUUGGUUGGACUUUGUGCCCAGCUUUCCAGUCCGAAUGCUACCGCAGAUGGAGAGGCGUCCUGGCCUGCAUUGCGGUGGGCUUCCCAGAGCUUCUUGAGUUGGGCCAACCAAAGUUGGGACAAAAUUGGGGUAGAAAGGUUGAUUGAACAUUUGCUUCUGAUUUGGCAGAUGAAGACUAUAUUCUUAGUCUUUUAUAUUGGUAGCUUGGGCUCAAUGUAA